AUGUCACCCAACAAUAACUUCAACGAGAUCCAGGUCUUCGAUGAUGCGGCGGACAACAUGGACAUCAUCAAGACCAUAAUCGACGUGAGAAACCAGGAGGACGGCUUCUACAUCGUGGACAUCGGCGACGUAAUCGAGAAGCAUCGCGAGUGGGUCACCAAAAUGCCAAGGGUUGCACCGCAUUUCGCGAUCAAGUGCAAUCCCGAUCCGACGGUGAUCAAAAUACUGGCCGCUCUGAACGCCGAUUUCGAUUGCGCCUCCGAGCAAGAGAUCCGGCAAGUGAUGCAGUACGGAGUGCAACCCGAUCGAAUCAUAUUUGCGAAUCCGUACAAAAGCCCGUCGCACAUCAAGUUUGCCAAGAAGAUGAACGUCAGCCAGAUGACGGUGGACAGCGAGCUGGAGCUCUUGAAGAUCAAGGACUUCUAUCCCGAGGCCAAAAUAGUGAUCCGUAUACGUUGCGACGCCAAGAACUCGGAGUGCGACCUCGGUUUGAAGUUCGGCUGCGAACCGGACGAGGAGGCUGUGCGAUUGAUGCGGCUCACGAUGGACCUCGGUCUGACCCUGCACGGCUUCAGCUUCCACGUCGGCAGCCCGGCAGGCGAGCUGAACGCGUUCUGCAGAGGCAUCGGCAUGUGCAAGCGACUCAUCUCGAUCGCCAAGACGAUGGGUUGCAAGGACGUGCAGCUGGUGGACAUCGGUGGUGGUUUCCCCGGCGAGAAAGGGACGGACAUCGACAAGCUCGCCAAUCUCAUUAAUGACGCUAUCCAAGAUCUCGAUCCCAGCAUAAGAGUCAUCAGCGAGCCCGGCAGAUACUACGUCACCUCUGCCUUCACCCUCGCCUCGUAUCUGCACUCGAAGAGAGUCGCUCGCAGGAACGGCAAAGUCAUGCGAAUGUAUUACAUAAAUGUCGGAACGUACAACUCGUUCAUCGAGGAACUGAUGGGUCUCAAGUCGAGGGUCCCGCAGAUCCUCUUCGAGCCGGCGAGCGACGAGAAGUUCCUCUCGACUUUAUGGGGACCGACCUGCGACUCGUACGAUGUGAUUUUGAAGGAUGUGUUGUUACCGGAACUUCACCUCGGCGACUGGAUGGUUUGGGAGGACAUGGGUGCCUACACUCUGUCCAUAUGCAGCACGUUCAACGGUUUCCAAAUCCCAGAAGUCAUACCGAUCAUCAGAAAGGGUCAAUGGAAAAAUUUGAUGACAGAGAUCAAACUGAUGCAAAGACCCACCGAAAUCAUUGAAUGGUCCGAGUCGGUGGAGAGGGAGGAUUACAUUGGAAGCCGCUGACAAUAAUUGAAUGGAAUUAGAAUAAGAUUAAGAUAGAUUUCUUGUUAAGUUUAAUUUAUCAACAGUUCUUAUUUGUUUAGCAUUCUCUGAAUAAUUUUUCAAUCUCUCUCAUUAUACAUGUGUAAAUAUCAAUAAUUAUGAAUGCCGCGAAGUUUUUAGUGAUAAGUAUUAAGAUAUAUGCUUGCAUAAAACUGUUUAAUGCGAAAGUGUGCAAGAUUCUUCUUAUUUUAUGUAUAUAAUUAUAUAUGUUAUAUAUAUGUGUGGAUGAAAGGUAAAAUAUUUAUAAGAUAUAAGUUAUUUUUCACGAAGACGUGACAUAUUGUCCAACAGAAGUAUUUUAUGAAAAUAAAAAGAUGUUAUUUAUUA